AUGACCGCCUACGCCGGUCUCCCCGUCGCCAGCGUCGACUUCCUCUCCUGGGAGAAGUGCGACGUCGGCCUCCCAGCCACCGGCCAGCCCAAGUUCUCCGCCAGCGUGACCGCCACCCCGGUGACCUGCGACAAGACCACCGUCAACCGCGACUGGAGCAUCGACAACUACUCCUUCCGCGCGCGCCUGGACACCAAGGACGCUUUCUUCUGCUCCGGCGUGACUAUCUGGAACAACGAUGGCUGCUCUGGACAGCCCGUGCACUUCCAGUCGUUCGAUCACAGCCCUCUCACUGACGGAGAGUGCUUGCCGGAUAUCCUUGAGCCGGGUUAUAUUUCUUUCAAGCUUGAGUGUGAGGGUUACCCUUAG